AUGACAUGCUCCCAGCACUGCAUUUCUGAGGGAUCUGGGCAGUACUACCUGCCACCUCUCCUCUCCGCUGAUAAGAAGACGCGUCACACUAACACCGGUGACUCUGAUGAAGGCGGAAGUGUCCGCCGAAACAUCCAGUGGUCUAAUCUGGCUGCUGACCGCGACUCCUGGUGCCACAUCGUCCACCAGGCUGCCUCCUCCUUCGAGGAUUCCCGCAAAAACAACCUGAGAGAUAAACGCAGCAGGAGGAAAACUCGAGAAGCCUCAGCAGUCGUUCCUGACGUGUCCUUUGACUGCAGCCGCUGCGGCCGCACCUGCCUAUCUCGCAUUGGCCUUGUCAGCCACGAGCGUGCCUGCAGUCGACGGUUUCCAGAUCAGGUGAGAGCCUAUGUGGACCCUGAUUCUGGUCCUAUAAUAGCGGGAAACAUUUACAGGCUUAAUUGUGACAUCAUCAACGUGAUCGCCCCGGAAAACUUGACCAUCACGUGGCUACGAGUUUGCCCUGUAGCACAUUCGCACUCUAAAAUCUUGGAGGAAUCUUUGGACCCCGCCUCCAUAAGCUGCGAACGAAACAUUAGCCGGUUUUGGGAUGCACUCUAUGAAGACUCUUUUACGGAAGGUCUGGUGACUGUGAUCAAUGAGCCUCUGGAUAAGUAUCACGUGACCGACGACGUGCGCGUCAACGCACAGCACGUACGAGGACGCGCACGCCGUUACAGGCGGGACGUGGCCUUGCAGUCAAAUUUGAGACGCGAGCGACGCUGCGUUGUGCCACGACGGGUGGAAAGUGUUCCACCGCCCGCCUUUCAGGGAUUAUACUCGGAUAACUUUGGAGAAGUUCUUUGUAUUCGGGGCGGUCGAGUGGGCUUGGCCAGCGGGCUGAACAUGGACUGGGGCACCGAGCUUUGGGACCGAUGUGACGUCAUCGAGAAGCACACGCAUUCUGGGAUCGACCUGGUGGAGAAGUAUGUGAAAUUUGUGAAGGAGAGGACUGAGAUCGAGCAGAACUAUGCAAAGCAGCUGAGGAACCUGUCAAAGAAAUUUAAUAUAAAACGGAUGGGCAAAGAUGAACCAGAUAGCAGGCUGACCAGCUACCAGUCGUUUAUAGAAAUCCUGAAUGAGUUGAACGACUACGCGGGCCAGAGGGAGCUGGUGGCCGAGAACAUGCUUAUGAACAUUUGCGCCGAUCUCACCAAGUAUCUGCAGGAGCUCAAACAGGAGCGAAAGUCGUAUCUGAUGGAAGCCAAGAAGGCCCAGCAGGCAUUGGAGAGUACCAACAAGCAGCUAGAAAGUAGUAAAAAGCGCUUUGAGCGGGAGUGGCGAGAAGCGGAACGUGCGGCCCAGAGUGCGGAUAAGACGGACCAGGACAUAAAUGCAACCAAGGCAGAUGUUGAAAAGGCGAAGCAACAAGCUCACAUGCGAGCGCAUGUUGCGGAGGAGUGUAAAAAUGACUACGCCGCUCAACUCCAAAAGUUCAACAAGGAACAGAAACAGUUUUAUUUCACCGAUAUGCCACUCAUCUUUAAUAAAAUGCAAGAGCUGGACGAGCGUCGAAUGCGAAAGUUGGCGCAGGGCUACAUCCUGUUCUCAGACACAGAGAAGCAGGUGAUGCCCAUCAUUGGCAAGUGCCUGGAGGGCAUCACCAAAGCUGGCACGAACGUCAACGAGAAAAAUGACACGUUGGUGGUCAUCGAGCAGAACAAGUCGGGCUUUGAACGUCCUGGCGACGUAGAGUUUGAGGACUACAGUCAGGGCAUCAAUAGGGCGUCCUCGGACAGCAGUCUGGGCUCGCCCAAGGGCCCCAUUGACCUUUUGGGCAAGAACAAAAGCAAAAACUUUUGGCUUUUCAGCAAAAAGACCAAGCUCUCCCCGUCCACGCUCCCACCUUUCUCGACCCCUCCUGCCCCCUCGCCCGUUAACGGACCCUCGUCCCCCAAGUUUGGCCGGGACCCCCUGUCGUACUGUUUGAAGGAGAUCAAUAAGACAGUCAAACCCAGAAUCUCGUCCUUCCGCACACUCAGGAGAUCGAGGUUCACACCAGAGAAGAUUCCGCCCCCAGUCACCGAGGACUUCACCCACCUCCCUCCGGAGCAGCGCAGGAAGAGGCUGCAAGAGAAACUGGAGGAAACUGGUCGAAAGUUGCAGAAGGAAAUAGAUCAGAGUGAGGCCCUGGGGAAGAUGAAGGAUGUUUACGAGAAAAAUCCAGAUCUGGGAGACGCCGCCAGUCUGGCACCUCAAAUCAAUCAGACGAAUCUGAACAUAGAACGCCUCAAGGGGGAGCAAAACAAGUAUGAGACUUGGCUGGCUGAAGCGGGAGGCCGAGGCGACACGCCACGUUACAAACCUCACUUCAACAACAAUGACACUCACGAACCGCUCAGCCCGGACGGCGCUCACUCCGACGGAGGCACGCCCGACACCUCUUCCCACGCCAUCUACGCAGAGUUUGACGACGACUUCGAGGAUGAGGAGUUGGCGGCUCCCAUCGGGAACUGCACCGCCAUGUAUAACUUUCCCGGCGCCAGCGAAGGCACCAUCGCCAUGAAAGAAGGAGAAGUCCUGGCCGUGGUGGAGGAAGACAAAGGCGACGGUUGGACACGUGUCCGUAGGAGCAACGGGGACGAAGGCUACAUCCCGACAUCCUAUGUCUCCAUUUCGCUCCAUAAAUGA